GUUAGGAGAAAAACAGCCUCCCCCGGAUUAGACCGGGAGGAACAAAAGGCUGGGUGCUAAGAACAAAAAUUCUCAGUGUUAUUAUAUUUGAACACCAAUCAUUUCUCAAUUCUCAGUAUAAAAAUGUACUGUAUGAGAAAAACAAAGUCCAAUAAAUACACAAUUCCUGAGACCUGAGAGGAAAGUUUCUACUAUCAGUGUCCAACGCCAAAGAUGAAGGCCGUAGUGAUAACCAGUCCCGGUGGGCCGGAAGUGCUGCAAGUGCAAGAGGUAGAAGAUCCGGAACUCAGAGACGAUGAGGUUCUGAUCAAGGUCGCGGCCACGGCGCUGAACCGGGCCGACACGGAGCAGAGGAAAGGCGCGUACCCACCCCCCAAGGGUGCGAGUGAGUACCUUGGUGUCGAAUGUUCCGGGAUCGUCAUAGCCGUCGGAGAAAGAGUUUCGCGCUGGAAGGUUGGAGAUCAGGUUUGUGCUCUUCUUAGUGGAGGGGGUUAUGCAGAAAAGGUUGCUGUUCCCGCUGGACAAGUUCUUCCUGUCCCACAAGGUGUUUCGUUGAAGGAAGCUGCUAGCUUCCCUGAGGUGGCAUCCACUGUUUGGUCUGCUGUUUUUAUGAUGAGUCGUCUAUCUGCUGGGGAAACAUUUUUGGUUCAUGGAGGCUCAAGCGGUAUUGGUACAUUUUCUAUUCAGAUAGCUAAAUACCAAGGAGCAAGAGUGUUUGUCACAGCAGGGAGUGAGGAAAAAUUAGCUUUUUGCAAGAAACUUGGAGCUGAUGUGUGCAUCAAUUACAAGACACAGGAUUUUGUUAAACGGGUGAAGGAAGAAACGGGUGGACAAGGUGUUGAUGUUAUUCUGGAUACAAUGGGAGCAUCCUACUUGAUGCGAAACAUUGAGAGCUUAAAUGUUGAUGGGAGGCUUUUUAUUAUUGGCACUAUGGGUGGUUCAGAUGCAAAAAUUGAUCUCCGUGUUCUUCUUGCAAGGCGCCUCACAGUGCAAUCGGCUGGGUUGCGACACAGAAGUGCGGAAAACAAAGCUGUGAUUGUUAAUCAAGUUGAGAAGAUUGUUUGGCCUGCAAUUGUGGCGGGCAAGGUGAAGGCAGUGGUGCACAAGUCUUUUCCAUUUUCUGAAGCAGCGGAGGCUCACCAGCUCAUGGAAAGUAACAAUCAUAUUGGAAAGAUACUGCUUCUUCCAUGAUGCUGUGGAUGAUCUGCGACUCAAGUGGAUGAUUUUAUUUUAGCCUUGGUGUGUGUUGAUACAGUUUCCAGCAUGGUGACGUGUUAGAUGAUGCUUUGCCUGAAGACUCGCUUUGUUCUUUAUGAUCUGCAAAAUAAUAAACACUGCGUCGGGGGGUGCCGACGAUCCCCCUCCGAUGCCAAAGUCAGAUGAUGGUUUGAAUAUGAGCAGAGUAAUUUUUAGAAGCAUAGAAUAGCAUGUACCUUAAUAUCUGAAGAGACUCUGGUAUUUAUAGAGAUUGAGGAGCAGCUAGGAUUGUUCUUGGUUUGUGCGGGGAUCGGUAGUUGAGGAAGACGUGACUUCGGGUGCACGGACAUUUUGGGGUCCAUGACCGCCUAUUUCGGGUGCACAAUCCUUUAUGGGUGACAUGUUUGUCAAGACAGUUUGGGCGCACGAUCUAGUUAUGUAUCGUGCGUCGUGUCCCUUAAAUCUCGGGUAAUACCGAGAUGUUCGCGGAUGGGUGUUACGAUGUAUCCGGGUCUACCACCCGAGUCGGGUGGUCAAUUCGGUUGAACCGGUUGGGCCCAAAUGAUUUUGAUGGGCUUUGAUAAACUAAUAUUUUCUCUAAUAGUGUGCUUAACUCUGCGAAGCUUGGAGCUUUUAUCAAGGUAAA